AUGGAAACCUUUACGGGUGGGUAUGGCUUAACAGGUGAAUUUGACAGAUCGUGGGCGGAAACGUUUACGGGUGGGUAUGAGUUAACAGGUGAAUUCGACAGAUCGUGGGUGGAAACAUUUACGGGUGGGUAUGACUUAACAGGCGAAUUCGACAGAUCGUGGGUGGAAACAUUUACGGGUGGAUAUGACUUAACAGGUGAUUUCGACAGUUUGUGGGUGGAAACUUUUACGGGAGAGUAUGACUUAACAGGUGAAUUCGACAGAUCGUGUGUGGAAACCUUUACGGGUGGGUAUGACUUAACAGGUGAAUUUGACAGAUCAUGGGUGGGUGGGUAUGACUUAAUAGGUGAAUUCGACAGAUCGUGUGUGGAAACAUUUACGGCAGGGUAUGACUUAACAGGUGAAUUCGACAGAUCGUGGGUGGAAACGUUUACGGGUGGGUAUGACUUAACAGGUGAAUUCGACAGAUCGUGGAUGGAUGGGUAUGACUUAAUAGAUGAAAUCGACAGAUCGUUGGUGGAAACAUUUACGGGUGGGUAUGACUUAACAGGUGAAUUCGACAGAUCGUGGGUGGAAACAUUUACAGGUGGGUAUGACUUAACAGAUGAAUUCGACAGAUCGUGGGUGGAAACGUUUAUGGGUCGGUAUGACUUAACAGGUGAAUUCGACAGAUCGUGGGUGGAAACAUUUACGGGUGUGUAUAACUUAAAAGGUGAAUUCGACAGAUCGUGGGUGGAAACAUUUACAGGUGGGUAUGACUUAAAAGGUGAAUUCGACAGAUCGUGGGUGGAAACGUUUACAGGUGGGUAUGACUUAACAAGUGAAUUCGACAGAUCGUGGGUGGAAACAUUUACGUGUGGGUAUGACUUAACAGGUGAAUUCUAG